AUGAUUGGCGUCUCCGUCGCGGGGGUCACGAGUGCGGAGCACGGCGCUGACCCCGCAGAGGUGGAAGACGUGGCAGGUGAUGAAGAAAGCUUCUCUCAUUUCGGCACCUCUGAACAGUUGAAUGCGCGCGACGAUCUCGACGCUGGCCUCAAGGAAGACGAUGAUGUCGCCUACGACGAAGAAGAGCUACCGCCGGGCCUCCCUCUGGAACACGACCUAGACAGCGGCGAAUUCGCCAGAGAUGAAGACCGACGCGGUGACGAACUAGCGGAAUACUCUGGAGAAGGAGAAGGACCCUGGGACGAUCUAAGCCGAGAUGAUGGCGCAGAAGAAGGCAGAGAAGUCGUAGAAGGAGGAGAAGACGUAGAAGAAGGAGACGCUGUAGAAGGAGGAGAAGAGAGGCGUGAAGACUUCGCUGACGAUGCGGGCGCGGCAGAGUGUGCAGACGCUGGAGAAGAAGACUACCAACAAGCAGAAGAAGGAAGGACAGACGAAGAUGGACGAGAGAAUGGCGGAGACGGACUCGGUGCCGCUGGCAAAGGCGAGCAGGCGCACGAGCAACAAAGCGAAGUGCCUGGACACGAACAAGGCGAGCGGGAAGAGGAUCGGGACGGAGGCGACGAAACUGCAGGGAAAAGGAAGAAACGCAAGAAGUCCGGCAAAAAGAAGUUCAGUUUCCCUCCCGGAGUGGCGGCAGGCGGCGGGCCGUCCAGGGGACCUGUUGUUAUCAAACCCCCCCCUCCGCCUCCGGGCACCACUGGGACGCCUGCCCCGCCUCCGAUGCCUCGAGUGAUUCAUCCGAAGCGACCUCACCACCCGCCACCGCCUCCGUCACCUCGGUCCGGCCCACCACCUCCGGGAGGCCUGCAAAUUUUGACGGCUCCAAGCGCCCGCCCGUCGCCGGGCGGGGCGAGACCACCCUCCGGGAGGGCACCUUUCUUCAGCGGGUCGACGGGUACCUCGCUGACGCACGCGUCGACUCCUGCCAGUUGCGUCUCGUCGCAUGCAGGGGCCCGCAGCAGUCCGACGCCCUUUACUCAGCAUCCGCCGCCUCCACCUCCUGCAUCUGCUAGCGCCCCUGCCACCUUAGGAGCGUCUCCAUCGCCCUCGCAUGUGCAACAAUCGAACGGGCCGAUGCGGGACCCCCCGCCGUUUCCCCGGGGCCCGCCGUCGGGGGGACGCCCGGGGACCUCUAGUUUGGACAUCCGCGCUGCUGGGCCUGCGGGUAUGCGAGGUGUGGGGGCGCAUGGUGCCGCGUCCGCGGGAGGCACUCCGCCGCCUCCGCCUUCCGGGGCAGUGGGCUCGGCUGGAGUCGCGUCUGUGCCUACGAUCAUCAGUCCACCACACCCUGUGUGUCCGCUGCAAGGGCGAGGGGGUCGUGCAGGCGGUCCGAUUGUGCUGAACCCGCCGGUUUCUUCGCAAGACGGCUCCACGCUCCCGCCGUACUUGGGCGAGGCCCACGCGGCCGCGAGUGUGUCCCCAGACCUUGCUGGCCACGCCGCGAACCCGCUAGCUGUUGGAGUCGGAGGGAGAGGUCCCCGAGUUGCAGCUGGACCUCGACCGGGCUUUCACCGGUCUCAUAACGAGGAGACGGUCGCGGCCGGGUACAAAGGGUCGGGCUCUGCGCCUCCGGCCGGGCAGCCUCUGCCAGGGCGGUUCGGAGACGUUCGCAUGGGAGGCUGGCCCGGAAAAGAGCCUGGUGUGGUUCCAGGGAUGGAAGGGGCUCCGGGGGGGCUUGAGGGCCCCAAAGGCCAGCCGUCGGGACCCUUUCACGCGUCGCCAGCCUCCGUGUAUCCGUCGGGGCGUCGCGAGGAAGCUCAUGGCGGGGACCGGCUGCCGCCCUACGGCUACGGCCAUGCACAUUUAGAUGACUCGGGUCAGAGUGCUCCCGCAAGCGUCUCUCAGAGGCCAGGCCGGCGCCCUGUCAUUCUGUCGGCAGGCGCAGGCGGCAGAGCUGGAGGACCCGGCGGGCCCCAGGGCUGGGAGGCUCAGGCGCUGCCGCCGGAGCAGGCGCCAGGGUAUCGCGGGGGCCAAGGCAGUGUUCCUCAGGAACCAGGUUCAGGUGCUUUCUACGAGUCUCCUCAAGCCUAUGGCUUUCCAAACCGCGUCAAGAGAGAGCGCGAGCUGUCCUCUGUGCCCGCGCUUCCCCCCAGAUUCGAGACUGGCCCUGGUGGCCGGCCUCCUGAGGAAGGUGGGAUGGACUCGGGUUCUCCUCCGGCUUUCCACCGGGCAGUGCCUGGCCACGCUGGAGGGUCGCCUGCAGGCACACAUGGCAGCGACACAGGCUACGGCCCGGGAAUGGGUCGCUCGACGGGCCGGGGGCCUCGCCCGGACUUUGCGUCUCCGACGGCGGACAUCAGAGACAUCCGAAGACGCCCGGAGGGAGGACCGCUGCCCGGGCACCAUCCCGUACACAGUGGGGCUUUAGGGCUUCACUCUGGAGUUUCUGGAGGAUCAUCGUUCGCAGGCGAGUCCGGUAGCGGUGUGCACGGAGGCGCGCCGCGGGGCGGAGGCCCGUGGGGCGGCGGGAGCCCACGUGGAAGUGGCCCAGGCAUGGGUCCCCCGGACGGCAGGUCUCAGGGAUUUCGACGGGGCCCUCCAUCUGACGACCGAAGUGGGUAUGGAGGCAAGGCACCGAGCAGCGGCACGGGAGUCGGGCCGUGGGGAGGCGCCCCCGGCGGAGGGCCAGAGCGAUCGAGUGACAUGGCGGCAGGAGACUCAAGAGGAGGUUUCUGGAGCAGGUCCCAGCUCGCAAGCAGCGGCCAACAGAGUGGGGGCGGCCUGCCGUUCUGCGGUCCUGAAAGCUCAGGAGGGCGCGGACUCCAGGUCGGAGGUUGGCGCGGGCUCCAGGGCGACGACUGGCGCAGCGAGGCCGCGGCUGGACGCACAGCGAUGGGCCGGGCUUCGGACGCGAUACCCGCUCGCGCGGCUUCGAAUCAGCAAGGCGGAGGAAGUGGAGUCGCGUGGCACCAAGGGAGUGGUGAUUUCUUGGAGCAUCCCAAUGCUGACGGGGGCAGCGGCGCGCACUCCCAGAGGCAUCUGCAGCUCCCAGGUGCGCACCCUAGUUCGCAGGGCGAGAGGGGCCUUCCAGGCCUCGCGCCCGAAAGCAGUCGGGGACAGGGAACCCAGGCCGGGUUCGGGGUGUCGUGCGCCUCGCCGCAUGCGCAUGCAGGCUCGUCGGCCUGGCAGCAACAGGCGUCGCGACCUCCACAGAGCGAGGAGGAGGCGCACUUCCGCCACACCGGCAGGUCGAGACCGCAAGCGGGACAAGGAUUCCCACAGGCGGGUUCCGGCUGGAGUGGAGGAAAAGAAGAGGCGUCCGACUUCCCGUCAUCGUGGGAGCCUUGGCAAGCGUCUCACCAGGCGGGCGCAGGCGGCGCCGAAGCCCCAGGCGGUGACCAAGCGUGGUACGAGAACGUCGAACAGCCUGCAUCUGCUCAGAAGGCCUCUGGGGGUCACCUGGGGCGAGGCCGAGAGGUGGAGGAGGUGCCGGGUCCUCACUCCCGUCGGCACAAAGACGGGGACAGGGGUCAACGAGGGUGGGAUCAGUCGAGCCCAGGGUACUCGGCGGGCCGGUACUAUGAGGCUGGAGAGAGGCAGAGCCUGAGGCAGCCGCAAAACACCAAGGGGAGCGAGCGGGAGGGUGGAGUGUGGGGGCAAACUGGCUCAAGUUACGUGGAUCCACGAGACUCGAGUGGAAGGAGAGGGGACGGUGGGAAUUCGACGAGAGGUGGUGGACACGGAGCAACCAGAGGGACGCCGCAUUACGGGAGGGAUGGGGAGUAUGGACGCCCGGGUGGCCGAGGAGCUGAAGGUCAUGGAGGCGACUCUGGGCUUCCGGGUAAUUCACUCCGGGCACACGCAACUCCAGGACCCAAUGCUGAGCAGAAGGGCUUCACGGUCAUUGUAACGAAUGUUCCGGUCGACUUGUCGGCUGCAGAUCUUCAUCAGGCUUUCAGUGCCGUCGGGCCUUUGCUGCGGACGGACAUAAUGCUGAGUUCUUCGGGCGAGCGCACUGGGCGCGUCUGUUUCACCUUCUCCACGUGGCAAGCCGCCGAAGACGCUGUUUCUCGUUUCGAUGGCGGGGAUCUGAAUGGCAGAUGCAUUCGCGUCUUCAUGGAGUAGUCGGUCCUCCAAUGAAUGCGUAGGGCUUGCAUGCAAGUUCCUUAAGGACCCACAUUUCCCCUUGACAGGCACCGAAAACGACAUUCGUGAACGUCGCCAUCACCCGUUAUGGACCUUGUUUCUUUGCUGUCAAGGCCUGCUAUCCUGUAGAGUGGCUUGAUCAGCCCGGAGCCACCUAAUGUGUGGUGGGUUCAUAUGAUACGCGUCCUGAAGGGAGACUGAAAGUGAAACAAGCAGUCAUGCCAACAAGGACAAGUUGAAUGUGCAGAGGGGGGCAGUGUACCGACCGGCGUCAGCAAAUUUUGGGUGCGCAUUAAGUUGAGGGCGACGAGUUUACGUAUGUGAUUGCCCGGUCACAUCACACACAUCGUGGAGUGCAUGUCUCCUUUUGUUUGGGGAUGAUGCCUUCUUUCCACCGAAAAGCCCAAUCUUUCAGUUUCUGGCUUGUUAGACGGCGUGUUAUCGUGGUGACUCGGGGAAUAAGUACUGUCGCUGUUUUUGCGUAUGCGCUGUCGCAACCGACGCUCGCUUCUGCAUAGGUGCCUGUGUAACGGACGAAAACCCAUUAUAUACAACGAACCAGGCGUUCGGGGGAUGGUGAUGCACAGGGAAUGAAAACAGCAUGAAUGCUACUGUGCCAUGGCCGUGUGAAAUUACGCAGAACAAAUUGUGACACUUGCAAUAAUGGAAAUACGCCGUGCUGCACGCAGCACACAAAGGGGACCCCUUGGGUCUGUUAUCUGGACUUUUCUGGGGCAGGCGGAGGAAUAUGUCGACUCAGAAAAGAUUAAAUUGUCGGCGUCUCAAUGCAUGCGUUCGUUGCUAACCUCACCGGUGCAGUGACUUCUUAGCGCGGGACUGUGACUUCCGUUGUGUAGAAAGAGGGGUAGCCACAGUCCCGUCCCGGCAGUAUGAUGAAAGCUGCUACCGGCACGUUAUGCCCAGCAGCUUCCGGCUCAGUACCCCAUAUGCGUGUCAGAGGUCCAUUUCUUCUGACGGGUUUAGACACCUACCUGCAUCAACACUGUGUGGGUCACGAGCUACUCGACAACUUCCAAAUGAAGGUUUCUCUUGUAAAUGAGUCUGAACUGCUGCAAGACCCGCACGUUUCUUCUGACGGUGGUAUGCUAUCGUACCCUCUUACCCACCACCGCUGUAGACGAAAGACUGACAGAACUUGUGUUACCAACAGUGUCGUAAUCCUUUGCUUUCUUUGUAAGCAUAGAACGAUGUGAAAUUCUGUGGCGCCU